CACCACAGUUUCGUUAGCUUUUGGGAUAACACCCAACAAGAACCAUCUUUCAGGAGCAAGAAGGAUAAUUGGUUGAUCAMUACUGCCUUAMGUCUUAUUUUGAUUCGCAGUAUCAACGUCAAUUGCAAUGGCGUCUUCCAUCCUCGACCCGAACGAAACAUUUUCGUCGCUCGCUGAAUCGGUCGGACUCGACAACCGUAUCCGAAAGGCCGUUCAAAGACUUGGUCACAUUCGCCCCACACUUGUACAAUCCAAGUGCCUUCCCCUGGCGAUCUCUUCCGGACGCGAUCUGCUUGUCAGAGCAAAGACGGGAUCUGGAAAGACCCUGGCGUAUUGCCUGCCUCUGUUGCAGAAAAUUCUUCGAUCCUCCGAAUCGUCGAACCAUACUCCAGGGGUUCGGGCCAUCGUCCUAGUUCCCACACGAGAGCUUUGUUCGCAGGUKUUCAAAACCCUGCAAUCCCUGGUCUACUAUUGCGACGAGGUAGUCUCUCUGGCGGUUCUAAGCGCAACCCGAACGGGUGGGCGCGGGGACAAGGCGCACCAAGAACUGGCGCGGCAAAAGGCAAUGCURCGAGAUCGACCGGACGUGAUUGUGGCUACUCCCGCUGGUUUGCUAACACACAUCCGGAACGGUGAUGUYAAUCUUAAGGAUUCGAUGGAAACCCUGGUGGUCGACGAGGCAGAUUUGGUACUUUCUUAUGGUAAGAAUCGAUAAUGCACGAGAAAAGAAAACUGCDGUGUGUUCGGAGAGAAAGUGCAAGUGURGCCCGGGUGACGAUCAUCGGUUGACCUUUUCAUUGCGAUCUACUUUGCUGGAACGUUCUCGGCUGCUACCGAUUUCAUUUUUCUUCUCGUCGUCGUAUCCUAACCAUUUUUGUGACUGCCUUUCUCUCAAUCAACAAAAAAAACGWAUCAAUCGAAUACGAUCAACUCUGUAAYUAAAGGCUACAAGGAUGACAUUUCAGAAAUCAUUCGCUCCUUGCCACGAAUUUGUCAGGGUUUUCUCAUGUCUGCCACACUGUCUCCAGAGCUCAAUUCGUUGAAAAAGGUUGUUUUGCAUUCGCCGGUCGUGCUGAAAUUGGAAAACGACGAGGCAAACAAGAACGAUGGAAGUGGACAUUUGACUCAAUUUUAUUUACAGCUACCUCGAAAAGACAAAAACUUGGUUUUGUAUGUCUUCCUCAAACUCGGAUUGCUAAAGGGAAAGGGGAUAUUUUUUGUCAACUCAACAGACAUGGGCUAUAGACUCAAACUCUUUUUGGAACAGUUCCAUAUUCGAUCGUCUGUUUUGAAUGCCGARCUCCCGUUUCGGAGUAGGUUGAAUAUMAUMGAACAGUUCAACGUUGGAAACUUYGAUUACUUGAUUGCCACCGACGAAAGCACGGAUGCAGUYGACACAGACGACGAAGAAGACGAAAGCGACAACGACGAUAGAGACGACAGUGACGACGACAGUGACGCACCACAAAAAGCAAAAGGCAAGAAGAAAGACGAUGAAUACGGAGUUUCGCGUGGAUUGGACUUUCGCAAUGUAUCCUUCGUGGUCAAUGUAGACUUUCCUCCAUCUGCGAGAUCCUAUGCCCAUCGUGUCGGCAGAACAGCUCGUGGAGGAGCGAAAGGAGUCGCUUUGAGUUUGGUGGAAAAGGAUUCUUAUGACCAGUACGAAGUCCUACAAGCAGUUCAAGACGACCAACCAAAAAUUUCAAACGCUGGAGCCGCUACCGAUACCCUUCAAUCGUCAACAGCGGAAUCGGCGGAUGCUUCGAAUGACACUCAUUUAAAUGAGCAAUCUCAACCAUCACCACUCGACUUUGACUUGCGCGAAAUUGAGGGAUUUCGGUACCGAGUAGAAGAUGUUUCGAGAGCGGUCACCAAACAUUCCAUCAAGGAAGCCCGUGCAGCAGAGCUCCGUGCGGAAAUUCUCAAUUCGGAACGCCUCCAGGCUCACUUCGAGGACAACCCGAACGACUUACAACUCCUGCGUCAUGAUCGCCUUGCAACGCAUGCAUCGAAAGUACAAGAGCACCUAAAGUACGUAACCUUUCCCCSAUGUGCGAGUUUUAACAUGCAUCGCCUGGAAUCGUUCUUSUCAGAUUUUUACAUCGUUUUAACAUCUUUUUCAUGUGUAUUUGUUUUUGACGAAUCAACAGGCAUAUUCCAAAAUACUUGCUCCCAAGAGGUAUGCAUGUAGCAGAUUUGAAUCGCAAACGUAAAAAGAGGAAGAACAGGGGAGGGAAGCAGCGUCGUUCUGCUAAGGAUCCCCUUCAGUCAUUCAGCGACGGAGAUGUGAAUCUAGACGGCCUUGAAGGUGACGACUUUGAGCUACCUGACUUAGGUGAAGAAGGGCGAAGCGAGAAGAAACAAAAACGAGAAGAAGAGAAGAAAACGUUCAUGAAUACCCAUGAUGGAACCGGGAAGAGCACUUCUGGUCGUAACGCAUGGAAAGAAAAACAUAGAAAGGGUAAAUUUUCCAAAAAGACACGUUUGGCUGACAGGAAAAACAAGGAUCCUCUGGGGAUUUAGGUUCGGGUAAAAAGCGGUCAAACUUGGUGCCGGUGUAUUCUUAACACAACAUUCUAAGUUAG